ACUAACCUUUUAUUUUUUUUUGAAUUUUCAGCAUCUUGGAAUAUGAAUUUGAACAAUGUUAGGGUUCCCAAUGUACCUGGUGGUGGUGCAGCUUCUGCUUUGGUGAAGAUUGGAAUUAUUGGUGGGCUUGGGUUAUAUGCAGCUGCCAACAGUCUCUACAAUGUUGAGGGAGGGCAUCGGGCUAUUGUGUUUAAUCGUGUAGUUGGAGUGAAAGAUAAGGUUUAUCCCGAAGGAACGCAUCUGAUGAUUCCUUGGUUUGAGAGGCCAAUCAUAUACGAUGUCCGUGCUCGACCCCAUUUAGUGGAGAGUACUUCUGGAAGCCGAGACCUGCAGAUGGUGUGAUA